CGCUACCAACCCCUAUUUCAGAUUAUCAGUUUGUUUAAAUAUCAUGCCUUUGUUAUCUCUGAUUUUUGUCGGCUGCUUUCUAUACUGAAAACAUAAUCCUCUACUUGGUUAAUUUACAUUGAUUAAAAUCUGAAAAAAACAAUCUUCUGUACACAUGGAUGACGAUGAACUUACUCAAGAGAUAUUAGAUCAAUUCGAUCUUAUUUGUACACAACACCAGUAUGAUCAUGUGUCAACAUACAGUAAUAACAAUGUCAAUAAAAAUAAUUCGCAUUCAAAUAAAUUAACCAGUUGCUUAUCUCGAUCAACUUCAUUAGAUACAAAAUUGAAUGGAUGCAUAAAAGCAUCUGAUUUUCCAUCAUCGAAUGAUAAAACUCCAACUGUUGAACGAAAUGAACUUGACCGAUUGAAAAAAGAA